UCGACCUGCUACCUCGCCUCUAGUAUGUAUAUGCUCGGCGAGCAAGGCGUAUCGGAAAAGUUCAAAGUUGGCCCCACGCCUACGGUUUUGGGACUCGCCAUGUACGUGUUGGGAUAUGGCAUUGGGCCGCUUCUUUUCGCGCCCUGGAGUGAAAUUCCUGCUGUUGGUCGCAAAUGGGUCUAUGUCUCAACCUUUUUCGUCUUUGUGAUACUCUCUAUUCCGACAGCUCUUGUGAAGAACUAUGCUGGGCUAUUGGUUCUACAAUAUGUCACAGGAUUCCUUGGUAGCCCUUGU